AUGUCUCACUCCCACGCACAUUCAUCUUCUUCUUCUUCCUCUCUUCAACCAGCCACUCUCAAAGAAUUUAAUAAUAACGUACAUGUUCUCGAGAGAGGACACAUCUUCUUCUUUUAUCGUCCCAAAGUGAUGAAAGAACACGUUCAAGAGAUGAAUGAGGUUCAAAAACUCUUGAUCGUCUUGAAACCACAUCGAAUCGUUUCUGGAGGAGGACAUGCACAAAGAUUAGAGGAAGAACCUACACGGGUAUUGAUCGUUCCAAAGAAGACUCUCCCAGAUAUGGGAGAGAAACGUUUGGCCAUUGUUUCUCAAGUGGAUUCCGAUGUGGAUGAAAUCGUCAAGAAGAGUCUCUCCGAGGAACAUUAUGAAACCUUCACUCGUGGUGAACGAGAAUUGGGUGCUUGUCGGUUACUUGGAGAAGGACUCUAUGAGCUCCUUGAACAUCGAGAGAACCAUACACACUUGUCCUAUGUGUUGGAGUUUCCCAAGACUUGGGAACCUAAUAGUGUUCAAGCUGAGUUUGGCAUUCAAAGAGAGGACACUUUGAUUUUGAGUGCAAAGAAUCCUCAAACGUAUAUGGCCAGUAGUGGAUCAUCAGCAACAGAAGGUCCUAGUGUCUCGUCUCGUAGUGGUGGUGUCUCAAGCAGUGCAUUUUCUAAAAAAGGUCAUAAGGAAAUUCCACAAUCCGUCAUUGACCUAUUUCAUGGAAAAACCUUUACGAAGAUUAAUCCACCUUCCCUCUUGAGUCAUGAGGGUUUACAGUUAUUAUUGAUUGGUGCUGUCGAGUAUGAUGAAAGAGGAGUAGCCAUUGUCGAGGAGGAUUUAAAGAGAGAACAUGAAAAAUUGGAAUGGGAAGCACGUGUGGAAGAGUCACAUUUAAAUCCCUCAAAUCCACCCAUGUCUCUUCUUGAAAAGGAGUUGCAUGUGAAGCCAAGCGAGAGUGAGCAAAAUGAAAAUGUAAAUAUGGACGUUAUGGAGACUGGGGAGUUUCAGUAA